CCCACCCGCGCCCCCCGCGCCCCCCGCGCGCGCCAGCAUGAGGUACUUCCGCGCCAAGACCAGCGAGUCCGCGAGCAAGAGCGCCAAGCGGAGGUCCGGGCAGGACGCGGCGCCCCUCGCCGCCGACGACCAGCCGCAGUGCAGCGCGGCCGGCGCGUCCGGGGCCGCGCGAUGGCAGCAGGAGCAGACCAAGGACCCGUACCGGCGGCAGAGGACGCCGAUGUGGAAGCGGACCACCAAGGCGCAGCCUGCGCGCCCGGCGGAGCCCCUGGACGCCGCCAACGCCCCGGCCGCCGGGGACGUGGAGAAGGCGACAAAGCUGUACAAGCCAAAGUCCGCGACGGCCAAGGCUGCGUCCGAGACCUUGAUCGGGCCGGAGGAGGUCGAGCUCGUGCACAAGGAGCAACAGACGUCGUACACUACGGUUCAAGAGGGUGGCACUGUACUGGAGGAGUACUGCGUCGAGGACUACUUCGUCGAGGAGCCCGUCGAGGUGCCGUCCGUGACUCGGUUACCCGUGGCGGGACCGUCGCGGCCAGCCGACGACGAGGAUGACGACGACACCGACACGGACGACACCGCGACGGACGAGGCCGUCGGUGGGGUGCCCUCGACAGCGACGGCCUCGACAUCCGUCCCCGAGUCAUCGACCUCGGACAGGCUGUCGGCCGAGCUCAAGGCCCUGGUCAGCCUGGUGGAGAUGUCAGCGGGGAGCCCUAUUCGCUGCACGUCCUCGUCGAGAGUGUCGGCCUCGGCCACGCCCUGCGAGGAGACCAAGAAGGCCGAGGCGGCUGACGGGGAGGGCGAGGGCAUUCGGACCUGGCAGCGGAACUUCCUGGGCAGACUGACGAGGGCCCGGCAGCGCAGAGACAUUCGGCUCAACCGGAAGGAGGUCCUCAGCAUGCAGCUGGUGCUGGAGACCGUGCUCAAGCAGCACAUGGCGCUCAGCAGGGAGGUGGAGGCCGUCAAGGCGAACCUGCAGUGGGAGAGCCUGGAGCCGGUGUCGCUGAGCCGGGCGCUGUCCAGGCUCCAGGCCGAGCGGAACGAGGAGGCGGCCGCCCUGGACAAGAUCCUGGCCUGCAAGGACAAGGAGCUGCAGGCCCAGCGGGAACAGGCGCGCGCCGCGGCCGCCGCCUCCAAGAAGCAGAUCGAGGUGCUGGAGCAGAGCUGCCGCGAGAAGGACGCCGACCUGGAGAAGGCGGCCCUGGCGCUGGCCACGGUGCACGCCAUGCACCGCAAGGCGGUCCAGGACGCCGCCAGGCAGAGCCAGGAGGACGUGGCACAGGCCCAGGCCGCCCUGGACGCACUGCGGGCCUCGCACGCCGCGGCCGAGGCCGAGAUGGCCGCGCGCCACAAGGCCGAGCUCAGCGCCCAGCUGGAGGAGCUGAGGAAGACCAUGCAGGCCGAGAUGGACGAGCGCGAGGCCGCCCUGGAGGCGCGGCUCAGCACGCUGCGGACGAACGCGGCCGCCAAGGAGUCCCGCCUGGAGAUGGAGAGCCUGCGGAUGAGUCGCGCGCUCACCCAGCACGAGGCGCACCUCGGCCGCCUCAUGGGCACCGUCGAGCAGCUCCAGGCUCAGGUCCGCGACCAGGAGGCGGCGGCCAAGGAGGCCCGCGAGGAGGCCGCCGCCAAGGGAAAGGCCCUGGUGGCGCGCGAGGCCGAGCUGCUGGCGGCCCGCGCCGACCAGGAGGACGUCGAGGUGCUCGUGAGCAAGGCGCUGAGCGCGCGCGACAGCGACUCGCAGCACCUCCGCGACGCGAUGGAGGCCGCGCGCAAGGACCACGAGCGGCAGCUGCAGACGCUGCGCAACGCCGCCGAGAUCCUGCGCUCGCAGAAGGACGUCGAGGCGCUCGCGUACAGCCAGGCCGUCAACGAGAAGGACCUCAAGAUCAGCGCGAUGAUGAUCGACGCGGAGGGCAUGCGUGCCGCGAUCGCGGACGCCGAGAACCGCCUGGCGGAGGCGCUGGACGGGCGCGGUCGCGCCGAGGAGGCCAACGCCGGCCUGCUCAAGACGGUCGAGGCCAUGAACAGGCAGCAGGAAGACCUGACUCUUCAGCUGCGCCACAACUUCGGCCAGUUAGAGUCCCAGGCCGCCCAGCUCCAGGCCCAGGCUCACGAAAUACAACACCUGAAUGAGCUCCUGGCGCAGUCCGCGCACGAAACGGAGGAACUCCGGCGGGUCUACAAUGACAGCGUCACCGAGGUUGAGCGGCAGCGGAGGAAGAUCCUGGAGCAGAAGGACGUGGUGGCGGAGAGGGACCGACUUCACAAGGCACUGAACGACCUGCACGCCAACACCGAGACAGAGAUCGGCAACCUGCGUAAGGCACUACGUGACCAUCAGCACGACGGAGACGAGGCCGCCCGCCUCAAGAAGGCCCUAGACAAGCUUCGCCAGAACAGCGCCGCCGAAGCUGAGGAUCUACGCAAGGCGAUGCAGGAACUCCACGACAGCCACGUCGUCGAGGUGAAACGCAUGCAGACCGCCCUGCAGGAGGCCCGAAGCAAGCGGAAAACGGAAGCGGAGCACUUCCGGGAGGCGCUGCACGAGAAGGACGUCCAGAUCCGCGACCUACAAGACGAGUUUGUAAAAUUUCGUCUCGAUCAGGAGGCGGUGCAGAGCGAGCUGAGGGUGCGGAACGAGGGCCUCGACCGGGACGUCUCUGUUUUAAAAAACUCCGUCAGCCAAAUGAAGACGGCGCACCGGGACCGCGUGACCGCCCUGGACAAGAAGGCCAGCGAGCUGGCCGAGCAGGCCCGGAGGCACAAGCAGGACGCGGAGCAGGCGCGCGCCGAGAGCCGGGACCUGCAGCAGCGGGCGCGCGAGGCCGAGCGGGCGCGCGCGCAGGCCGAGCAGGCCCUCGCCAAGCAGCGCCAGGGCGGCCAGGAGAGGGAGGGCCAGCUUAACGACCUGGUGCGGGAGCGCGACGAGCUGCUCGCGGACAGGGACGGGCUGCGGAUGGACGUGGACCACCUCGCCAAGCAGAGGGACAACUGCCAGAUCGUGGUGGAGGAGAAGGACCGCGAGAUCCGGGCGCUGCGGGACAAGAUCGAGCGGCUGGAGGCGCGGGCCGACGGCGCGACUGCCGACCUGCAGCAGGACCUGCGCGAGCGCCAGGAGGAGUCGGCACGGCUGCGCGUCGAGCUGGACACGGCGCUGGAGCAACGCGAGGCGCUGCUCGCCAAGGUGUCCAAGCUGUUCAAGGUGGUGCGGCGCUCCUUCGACAGGAGGACCUCGGAGAAGGCGGCCCUGGAGCUCGAGCUGCAGGAGACCCGCGCCCAGCUCGACGGCGCCGUGCAGAGCCACCAGGCUGAGCAGGACAAGCUGAUGAAGAUGAUGCUGGGCAAGGAGAACGACAUGAAACAGCUGCGCGAGAACUUGCACCAGUACGAGGACCACCUGCGCAGCACCAAGGAAGAGAUGGACGCCACCAACUCGCUGCUCAAGCGCAACAUCGUGGAGCUGGAGCGCGAGGCGCACCGCCGCGACGCGGAUCUGAGGCGGCGGGACGCGGAGCUCGCGCGGCUGCAGGGGAUCCAGGCGGACGUCGGCAAGCUUCAGCUGUCGGAGCAGCAGGCCCUGGAGCGCGCCAGCCAGCUGGAGAAAAGCCUGGAGGACAGCAAGCGGCGCGAGGGCGAGCUGCAACUGGAACUGGACGUGGGCAGGUCUGUGCUCAAGAAGAACACCGAGGAGUACCGGCUCAAGAUGGAGAAGCUGCAGCAGAACGUGGAGCACAUCCGGGCCGAACGAGACUCGGAGCUGACGGUGCUCAAGGACACCGUGGCGAGGCUCGAGACCGAGCUGUUGGACAGGGACCGCCAGAUGGAGAUCCUCAAGAGCGAGAACUCGAACCAGCUGCUGGAGCUGCAGCACGCGCUCAACGGUCGCCAGGACGAGACCGAACGGCUGACGGACGAGUCCGAGAGGCUGCACCGCGAGAACAAGGCCCUCCGGGACAAGGAGGCGGACCUGCGCCAGGCCAUCGCGUACCUCGAGGACGGGGUGGCCGAAGAAGUGAGGGAGCGGGACGAGCGGAUAGCGGCCCUGAACGAGGAGCUGCAGCGCAUGGCCGAGGUCAUGAAGGACGCCGUCCACCGUGACGAGCAAGAACACCUCCAGGUGGCCGAGGCCCUGCAGGAGGCGGCGCGCGCCAAGGAGGCUGAGCUGGCUGCGCUCAGGGAUGCACAGCGACGGCAGGCCGCGGACGCGGUGGAGGCCGUCCGACGGAAGGACGAGCAGAUCGCGGCCUUGGAGGAGGCCGUCGAGAACCUGAGGACCGGCCUCGACCUAGAGCUCCUGCGGCUUAAGGACCAACUAAGUCAGAGCGAGAACGAGCGGAUGCAGCUCUCGACCCACAUCUCCAUGCUGGAGACGCAGCUCCAGGACCAGGUUUCGCUCAUGUCCAAAGAGAUUGCGGACAAGGAUGCGGAGAUCCGGGCGCUGGUCGAGGCCAAGACCAACGUCCAGCCCAGAAUCGAAAAGGAGAACGCCGACCUUUCCGAAGAAAAUGCGCAGCUGCUCGGCAUCAUGCAACGCAUGAAGAAGGAGCGCGAAGCCGAGCGUGAGAUGCGGGAGGCACUGCAGGCCGAGAUGCACGAGGUCAUCAAGACGACCAACGGCGCGCUGCGGGCCAAGGAGGAUCGGCUGGAAACGCUCCGGGAUGACGCCGCAGAGGCCGUCUCGCUGAGGCAGCGCCUAGAGGAGGCCGAGAGAGAGAUGGGAACCCUGAGAGCGGCCGCGGCCGAGGCCGCGCAUCUGCAGGAGAGGCUCGAUACGCUGGAGACGGCGCUGUCCAGACAGCACAAGAAGGACCAGGAUUUUCUCCGGGAGCAGCUCGAGAAGGCCCGCAGAGACGCGUACGAGGCCGAAAGAAAGGCCGCUGAGGCGACGGCCUGGGCCCGGGCGCAGUCCGAGGCCGCGGCUGGAAAGAGGAACACCGAGAUCCUCAACCUUCCCGCCGAGGCCGUGAGGCAGGAGCUACGGUCCCUGAACCAGGAGGAGGGGGACGCCGGCACCAUGGAGAGACAGCUCCGCUCGCGCCAGCUCGAGGUCGACAAGCUGAACAAGAUGGUGGAGGCCCUGCGGGCGGACCUCGGCUUCCAGAAGCAGCUCUUGCUCACGUUCCACGAGGGCCGAGCCUACCUGGGCGCGCCCUCCGACCACGACAGCCUGACCAAGACGGCCAAGUUCAUCAGGGACCCGCGGAACACGGCCGAACUCACCGCGCUCCCCCAGGACGGCGACCACCGUCAGGCGACACGCUCUCACCGCCGUCCGCAGUACGAGCUCAAGAGGGCGCUCUCCGAGGGCGACAACCUGGACUUGUUUAGCACGCCCUCCGACCUCACCCUCAGCUCCAUAACCUCAGAUUUAUCGACGACAACGUCCAAGACGGCUGUGCCUGCCUACAGUGGUGACGUAAUUGUAUGAUUGUUGUUUUUGUUGAUUGUGAACGCGUCUCUGUCCUGUUCCACAUGUCCAUAUCGUAGUUUGUGCCUUCUCUGUUUUGUACCGACCCCUGUAGUAAAUAAACCCCUGUGACCUGGUG